GAUACAAUGGACAGAAAAAGGAAAGGAGAAGAUAAACUUCAUCUACUGAAAAAGAUUCGACGGUUGGAAAAGAAAAUAAUCAGUUUACCGGAAUCCGAUGACGAAGCUAAGGAGAUUGAAGAAGGUGAAAUUGAAAGUGAGAAGGAGAAUGAUCAUCCAAACUCUGAAUUCCUUGAUGAUUUUAUCCUUGAGGAGGAUAACAACAAAGAGGAAGAACUAGAGGAUGAAGUACUAAAUAUAUUAGGAGUGGCUCCUGCUCCAGCCCCUAAGAAAGAACUAUUGCACAAACAAAUUGCUGGGAGAUGGUGCGAGAUCCUGGAGAAAGGACUGAAAAAGGAUGAAAAAGAAACAAUUACAAAAGACAAUCCAGCCUUCCAGAAUGUGCCCAAGAUGUGUGCUCCAAAACUUAACAAAGAAGUUGCCGCUGCUCUGAAUGACAUGGCUAAGAAAAGGGAUCAAGUUAUUGAAACCCGACAGAAACAAAUGUCUACAGCCUUGGCUUGUGUAGGCCAAGCUCUACAGAUGUGUAUUGGAGAUCAUCAACAACAAAAACUGUCAAUUAUAAAGAAGCUGAAUGAAGCGGGAAGGCUGCUAAGUGACUCCAUAUUUCUAGAAACAAAAGGACGUAGAAACUUGGUACUCUCAACAAUAAAUAAAGAUCUAAAGGACUCAUUAUUGGAAACUGAGAGUGGAGAUUACUUGUUUGGUGACAAUCUGAUUGAGAAGAUAAAAACUGCUAAGGCAGUCCAAAAAUCAGGAAAGGAGUUAAAAGUAAUAGUGAAUGACAAAAAGAAAACCUUUGUAAGGCGACCUGAAACCAGCGCAAAGAACGACAACAACCGAGCUUUAAACUGGCGGGGCCCUCCUCGGAUGGGAUCACAGAGGUUCCAGAGGUCAGGCGGGCCGACAUACAAUCGCCAACAACAAGCCAGCAAGAAGAACGAGGACAAGACAUUGCCGAGACGAGGGAAGAAAUAAAUGCUAAGGUAGGCAGAAUUAGGUUUUUUCUCAAUAAUUGGAAACAAAUCACUAGUGACCCUGUAAUAUUAGAUUGGGUUCAGGGAUAUAAAAUCCCUUUCAAGGAGUUACCUCACCAGGGGUCUAUACCCCUAAACAACAAUUUACCGUUGGCAGACCAACGGCAAAUUAGAUCAGAAAUCAAAUUGUUACUCAGUAUGAAUGCUAUUGAAAUAUGUAUGCCUACAAAUGAUCAGUUCUGCUCUCCAAUCUUUGUCAUUAAGAAACCAAACGGUACCUAUCGCUUUAUUUUAAAUUUGAAAAAACUUAACACUUUUGUAAAUACUGAACAUUUUAAAUUAGAGGA